AGGCUGGGGAGGUGACACAGGAACCGCCGCGAGGUCCGACGGGCGAGGGCAGAGGAUUCCUGGGGCGGAUCCGGGCGGGACCUUCCUCCCGACAAGAUGGAGAAGGAGGAGGAGACGCGGGAGAUCCUGCUGCCCAACUGGCAGGGCAGCGGCUCCCACGGCAUCACCAUCGACCAGACCGACGACGGCGUCUUCGUCAAGCGCGUCCAGCAGAACUCCCCCGCCGCCCGCAUGGGCGUCGUCAAGGAAGGGGAUCAGAUCGUGAGUGCCACCGUCUACUUCGACAACCUGCAGUCCGGGGAGGUGGCGCAGCUGCUGCAGACCAUGGGCCACCACACCGUGGGACUGCGGCUGCAGCGCCGCGGCGACCGCUCCCCCCUGCCCGGCCAGCCCUGGGCGCACGACGUGUUCGCCGCCGGCAGCCCCGAGGUCGUGCUGAGCGGAGAUGACGAGGAGUACAGGAGGAUUUACACCACCAAGAUCAAGCCCCGGCUGAAGUCGGAGGAAGGGGCGGACGCCGAGGGCGGGGGGACGCAGAGCAGGACCAUCACGGUCACCAGGAAGGUCACGGCCUACACCGUGGACGUCAGCCGGCACGGCGGCGCCGGCGACCUCAGCGCCGCGGGGACCGACCUCGACAUCCGAGUCCCGAGCCCGGGACUCGCCCUCGGCGCCGAUGGAGAGCCCGGGAAAAUCCAGCUGCCGACGGGAGAGCUGAGGACUCAGCCAGAGAGCCAAAUUCCUGGUGGAGAAACUGGAAAAGUCGUCCUGCCGGAGAUGCCGACGGGCUGGAAAGGCUCCGGUGCCUUCCCGGGGUCACCCAGGGUUGAAACCAACGGACAGAUGGGAGAGCUGGAGGUGGGAUUCCACAUCAAGGGGCCCAGGGUGGACGGGAAAGGACAAGCCCCGUGUCUCCAGGGAGAGGUCGACGGCUCUCCGCCGCCCGUGGACGUGGGGAAGAUCAAGAUUCCCGCGUUAAAAAUCCCCAAAUUUGGGUUCCAGGCUGGCGGUGGCGAAGCUCCGGUCCCCCCGGCGGGCGCCGACACCAACAUCACCUGCUCACCUGUCCAGGUGACGGGCCCUGGGCUGUCACCCCCCUCAGCCACAGCCGGGAAGGUCCCCUCCCCUCAACUGGGCAUCCCCGACGUCGGCAUCGACGGCCCCGGCGUGGAGCUCUCCACAACUCCCGACGCUGACGGCACCAAGGGGAAGGUCAAGAUCCCCCACAUGACCUGCCCCAAAUUCACCGCCCUGGACUCACGGGGGGACGGCCCCGCCCUGGAAAUCGGGGUCCCCAAGGGCGAGGUGGCCGUCGAAGGGGGGUGGAAAGGCCCCGCCUUCAAGAAGGUGGAGACGCCCCAAAUCUCCCUGUCCGACGUGAACUUGAGCCUGAAAGGCCCCCAGGCCAAGGGGGACCUGGGGGGGGUCACCGUCCCCAAGGUGGGGGGGGACCUGCCGGGACUCGGCCCCAAGGGGCUCCAGGUGGACGUGAAGGCGCCCGAGGUGGAAUUCGGGGGUCGCGUGAAGGGCCCCAACGUGGACGUCGGCGCGAAGGGGCUGAAGGGAGAGGUGGACGUUUCCAUCCCGGCCGUGGGCGGCGAGUUCAAAGGGCCCCAACUGGAGCUUAAAGGCCCCGCGGGGAAGACGCCGGAGCUGCACGUCCAGACCCCCCAGAUCUCGAUGCCCGACGUCGACCUGAACCUCAAAGGUCCCGGAGUGAAAGGAAAUCUGGACGUUUCCAAACUGGAAGGGGAGCUGAAAGCCCCCGGACUCGACAUCAAAGGCCCCAGAGUUGACGUUGGGAGCCCAGAGCUGGACGUCCAAAGUCCCGAGGGCAAACUGAAGUUCCCCAAGCUGAAAAUGCCCAAAUUUGGGGUGAAGGGAGAGACCCCCAAUGUCGAGGUGACUCUUCCCAAGGGGGAGGUGGACAUUUCUGGCCCCAAAGCUGAAGGCCCCGAGGUGGACGUGACCCUGCCGACAGGAAACCUGGAUGUGUCCGGUCCCAAGGUGGACAUUGAAGGUCCAGAGGUGGACGUUGAGCUGCCUGAGGGGAAGGUGAAGGGCCCCAAGUUCAAGAUGCCUGAGAUGCAUUUUAAGGCCCCCAAGAUCUCGAUGCCUGAUGUCGACUUCAACCUGAAGGGCCCCAAAGUCAAAGGUGAUCUCGAUGUGUCUGUUCCCAAACUGGAAGGUGACCUGAAGGCCCCAGACAUCGACAUCAAGGGCCCCAAAGUUGACGUUGACCUUCCUGACGUUGAGCUGGAAGGGCCUGAGGGGAAGAUCAAGGGCCCCAAGUUCAAGAUGCCCGAGAUGAACAUCAAGGCCCCCAAAAUCUCGAUGCCCGACAUCGACCUGAACCUGAAGGGCCCCAAAGUGAAGGGGGACGUCGAUGCUUCCCUUCCCAAAAUCGAGGGUGAGCUGAAAGGCCCCAAGUUGGACAUCAAAGGGCCGGAGCUCGAGGUCGAGGUGCCGAAGGUUGAUCUGGAAGGAAAAGCUAAAAAAUCCAGAUUCAAACUCCCCAAAUUUGGUUUCUCCGGCCCCAAAGUUCAAAGCCCUGAGGUGGAUGUGAAGCUGAAGAAACCCGAGGUGGAAGUGUCUGGUCCCAAAGUCGAGGUUCAGGCUCCGGAUUUGGACGUCCAGGCGAAAUCCAAAGGCUCCAAGUUCAAAAUGCCUUUCCUGAAUAUUUCCUCCCCCAAAGUGUCGAUGCCGGACGUGGAACUGAACCUGAAAGGGCACAAAAUGAAAGGGGAGUUGGACCUGUCCGGCCCCAAACUGGAAGGGGAGCUGAAGGGCCCCGAGCUGGACAUCAAAGGCCCCAAGGUGGACGUCGAGGCCCCUGAUGUGGACGUUCACGGGCCAGAGGGAAAAAUCAAAAUGCCCAAGUUCAAAAUGCCCAAAUUUGGGCUCAAGGGGGAGGGGCCAGAGGUGGACGUGAACCUGCCGGCGGGAGAGCUGGAUGUGUCCGGUCCCAAGGUGGACAUUGAAGGUCCGGAGGUGGAUGUUGAGCUGCCAGAGGGGAAGAUCAAAGGCCCCAAGUUCAAGAUGCCCGAGAUGAACAUCAAGGCCCCCAAAAUCUCGAUGCCCGACAUUGACCUGAACUUGAAGGGCCCCAAAGUGAAGGGGGACGUGGACGUGUCCCUCCCCCAGGUGGAUCUAAAAGGACCCAAAGUGGACGUGGAAGUUCCCGACCUUGACGUCGAAGGGCCCAAAGGAAAAAUUAAAGGCCCCAAAUUUAAAAUGCCCGAGAUGAACAUCAAAGCCCCCAACUUGUCCAUGCCAGACCUGGACUUGAGCCUGAAAGGUCCCAAGCUGAAAGGGGGGGUGGACGUCGACCUGUCGGCGCCAAAACUUGAAGGUGACGUGAACGUGCCGGAUAUUGACAUCAAAGGCCCCAAAGUGGACAUUGAGGGGCCAGAGGUGGACAUUGAAGGGCCUGAGGGGAAGAUCAAGGGCCCCAAGUUCAAGAUGCCCGAGAUGCACAUCAAAGCCCCCAAAAUCUCGAUGCCUGACGUCGACUUCAACCUGAAGGGCCCCAAGAUCAAGGGUGAUGUUGAUGUGUCACUCCCUAAGCUGGAGGGUGACCUGAAGGGCCCUGAACUGGACAUCAAGGGCCCCAAGGUGGAUAUUGAUGCCCCUGACGUGGACAUUCACGGCCCAGAGGGGAAGUUCAAGAUGCCCAAGUUCAAGAUGCCCAAGUUUGGGAUGCCCGGGGUCAAGGCUGAAGGCCCCGAGGUGGACGUGACCCUGCCAACAGGAAACCUGGAUGUGUCCGGUCCCAAGGUGGACAUUGAAGGUCCAGAGGUGGACGUUGAGCUGCCUGAGGGGAAGGUGAAGGGCCCCAAGUUCAAGAUGCCCGAGAUGCAUUUUAAGACCCCCAAGAUCUCGAUGCCCGACAUCGACCUGAACCUGAAGGGCCCCAAAGUGAAGGGGGAUGUGGAUGUUUCCCUUCCUAAACUGGAAGGUGACCUGAAGGCCCCAGACAUCGACCUCAAGGGCCCCAAAGUUGACGUUGACCUUCCUGAUGUUGAGCUGGAAGGACCUGAAGGAAAACUGAAGGGCCCCAAGUUCAAGAUGCCCGAGAUGCAUUUUAAGACCCCCAAGAUCUCGAUGCCGGACUUUGAUCUGAACCUGAAGGGCCCCAAAGUCAAGGGGGACGUCGAUGUGUCCCUGCCCAAGGUGGAAGGUGACCUGAAGGCGCCGAAUGUGGAUGUUAAAGGUCCUGAGUUGGAUGUUUCUGUCCCAGAUGUUCAAAUUGAGGGCCCAGAAGGGAAGAUCAAGGGCCCCAAGUUCAAGAUGCCCGAGAUGAACAUCAAGGCCCCUAAAAUCUCAAUGCCGGACUUUGAUCUGAACCUGAAGGGCCCCAAAGUGAAGGGAGAUGUGGAUGUUUCCCUUCCCAAACUGGAAGGUGACCUGAAGGCCCCAGACAUCAACAUCAAGGGCCCCAAAGUCGAUGUCGACCUUCCUGAUGUUGAGCUGGAAGGACCUGAGGGGAAGAUCAAAGGCCCCAAGUUUAAGAUGCCUGAGAUGCACAUCAAGGCCCCCAAAAUCUCGAUGCCCGACAUUGACCUGAACCUGAAAGGCCCCAAAUUGAAGGGAGAUGUGGAUGUGUCUCUUCCCAAACUGGAAGGUGAUUUGAAAGGUCCUGAUAUUGAUAUUAAAGGCCCGAAAGUUGAUGUUAAUCUUCCUGAUGUUGAACUGGAAGGGCCUGAGGGCAAGAUCAAGGGCCCCAAGUUCAAGAUGCCCGAGAUGAACAUCAAGGCACCCAAGUUCUCCAUGCCUGACGUCGACUUCAACCUGAAGGGCCCCAAGAUCAAGGGUGACGUGGACGUGUCUGUCCCUAAACUGGAAGGUGACCUGAAAGGCCCCGAAUUGGACAUCAAGGGCCCCAAGGUGGACAUUGAGGCCCCUGAUGUGGACAUUCACGGCCCAGAGGGGAAGUUCAAGAUGCCCAAGUUCAAGAUGCCCAAAUUUGGGUUUUCUGGCCCCAAAGUUGAAGGCCCCGAGGUGGAUGUGAACCUGCCGACAGGAAACCUGGAUGUGUCCGGUCCCAAGGUGGACAUUGAAGGUCCAGAGGUGGACGUUGAGCUGCCCGAGGGGAAGGUGAAGGGCCCCAAGUUCAAGAUGCCCGAGAUGCACAUCAAGGCCCCCAAAAUCUCCAUGCCCGACGUCGACUUCAACAUCAAAGGGCCCCACAUGAAAGGAGACAUCGACGUGUCGGCCCCCAGGUUGGAGGGGGACCUCCAAGCCCCCCAGAUCGACGUGAAAGGCCCCAAAAUCGACGUUGAGGCUCCCGAUGUGACCCUGGAAGGGCCCGAAGGGAAACUCAAAGGCCCCAAGUUCAAGAUGCCCGAGAUGAACAUCAAGGCCCCCAAGUUCUCCAUGCCCGACAUCGACCUCAACCUGAAGGGCCCCAAGGUUAAGGGUGACAUGGGCGUGGCAGCGCCAGCGCUGGAGGGGAACCUGCAGUGCCCAGACCUCGACAUCAAAGGCCCCAAACUGGACAUUCAGGCCCCAGAGGUGACUGUGGAAGGGCCCAGGAUCAAGAUGCCCGAAAUGCACGUCAAGACCCCCCAGAUCUCCAUGCCUGACAUCGAUUUGAACUUGAAGGGCUUGAAGGGCAAAGUUGACGCCGAAUUCCACGACCCAAAGCUCGAGGGGGGUCUGAAGGGCCCCGAGGUCGAUAUCAAGGGGCCCAAAGUUGACAUCGAGGGCCCGGCGGUCGACGUCGACGGUCUGGAUGGAAAAGUGAAGCUGCCCAAAAUGAAAAUGCCCAAAUUUGGCUUCAAAGGGGAAGGUCCCGACGUGGACGUGAACCUACCAAAGGCCGAGGUGGAGCUUUCGGGCCCCAAGGUGGACCUCGACGUCCCAGAGGUGAGCCUGGAGGGGCCAGAGGGCAAAGUGAAAGGUCCUAAGCUGAAAAUGCCCGAAAUGCACGUGAACGUCCCCAAAAUCUCCAUGCCCGAGAUAGACUUGAGCUUGAAAGGCCACAAAACCAAAGGAGGCUUUGACCUUUCGGCCCCGAAGGUGGAAGGUCACCUGAAAGGGCCCGAGGUUGACCUGAAAGGCCCAGAAUUUGGGGUCAAAGGCCCUGAAGUCGAUGUCGAAUGUCCGGACCUGAGCGUCGAGGGCCCCGAGGCCAACGUCAAACUUCCCAAGUUUAAGAAGUCCAAGUUUGGGUUCGGGAUGAAAAGCCCGAAGGCCGAAGUGGAUUUACCCGAGGCGGAGCUGAGCCUGGAGUCACCCGACGUCAACCUGUCCGGAAAGGGCAAGAAGAGCAAAUUCAAGAUGCCCAAAAUCCACAUGAGCGGCCCCAAAGUGAAAGGGAAGAAGGGGGCGUUCGACGUGAACGCGGCCGGGGCGGAGCUGGACGCGGAUCUCAACGUCGCCGGCCCCGACGUGACCGUCAAAGGCGACGCCGCCGUGAAGUCCCCCAAGGGGAAGAAACCCAUGUUCGGCAAAAUCUCCUUCCCGGAUGUCGAGUUCGACCUGAAAUCGCACCGGUUCAGAGGGGAGGCGUCCGCGGGGGUCCCGAAAAUUGAGGGGGAGCUCAAAGCACCGGAUCUGGAAGUUUCCGUGCCCGCGGUCAAAGGGGACGUCAAGGGGCCGAGUCUCAGCGUGGACCUUGAAGCUCCCGAUGUGAACCUGAAGUCCCCGAAGCUCAAACUCCCUGGGGGGCAGGUGGGUGUGGGGGACGGGAAAGUCGGGGGGGACCUGAAGGGCCCCGGGGUCGAGGUGGCCGUUCCCUCGCUGCCGGAUUUCAGCCUGAAAGGACCAAAGGUAAAAGGCGAAGUUGGCGUUUCUGGAGCAGAACUAGAAGGUCCCGAGGGAAAACUGGGAUGGCCCAAAGGGGGGAAAGCGGGUCUGGGGCUGGAAAUGCCGGAUGUGAACUUGGAUGUGUCGGUGCCGGGCGUGGGGGGGAACGGGAGCCUCCCGUCAGCCGACGUGAAGCUCAGAGGGCCCCAAAUCUCCGGCCCUGAGUUUGAGGGAAACCUGAAAGGACCAAAAUUAAAGGGAGAGUUGGAUGUCUCGGGCUCCGUGGAAGGGCCGAACGUCACCCUGGGCACACCCAGCGUUGACCUCGGAGGUUUGGGGGGGAAGAUGAAGCUGCCCAAGGUGCCGGAUCUGAGCACCAAGGGGGGCGUUUCCUGCUCCGUCCCAAAAGUGGAGGUGGGCUCCCAGUCCCCCGGGGCCAACCUCGCCGUCUCCGCCCCGGAUUUGGACGUCAACCUGAAAGGACCAAAGUUGAAAGGAGAUUUCGGCGUCAAAUCCCCCAAAACAUCCGCGGACGCCGACGCCGACUUCGAAAUCCUCGGGGGCACCAUCAAACUCCCGUCCCUGAAACUCCCCCAGUUCGGCAUCUCCGGCCCCGGCGUGGAGGGAGGGGACGCGGGGGUCGCUCUGGAAGGUCCCCAGGUGAAGGGGGGGCUGAAGGGCUCCGCCCUGGGGCUGGAAGGGGCCGACGUGGAGUUGAAAGGGCCGAAAUUCCAGGUGUCGUCUCCCGGGGUCUCCGUGCCGGACGUUGACCUGAGGCUGAAAGGACCAAACGUGGAUGUGUCCGGUGACAUCAAAGGCGCAAAGGUCGGCGUGGAGGCCCCUCGCAUGGAGCUGACGAAGGCGGGGACGGGCGUCCACCUCGAUGCUCCCGCCCUGGAAGUUUCCGGCUCGGGGUUGAACGUCAACAUGAAAGGGCCGAAGGUCAAGGGCGGGGCCGAGGUCGGGGGUGGAACCUUCCAGCUGUGCGGCCCCAAGGUGGGCGCGGCGGGUCCCGAGGGCGGCCAGGUCAAGGUGUCCUUCCCCAAACUGCGGAUGCCCAAGUUCGUGUUCUCCGACCCCGAGGCCAAGGGCCGGGAGGUGGGAGUGGACGUCGAGUUCCCGGGGGCCGACGUGGCCGUGGCGGCCGAGCCGGAGCCCGAUGACGCCGACGGGAGGCUCAAGAAACCCAAACUCAAGAUGCCCAAGUUCAACUUCUCCAAGCAGAAAGGGCGGGGAGGCGGCGGCGCCCCCGGGUCCCCCGAAGCGUCGGGGUCCGUCUCGGGAUCCAGGGGGGACCUGAAGAGCUCCAAGGCGAGUCUGGGCUCCGCCGAGGGCGACGCGGAGGCUGAGGCGCCGUCGGCCAAGGGCAAGUUCUCCCUGUUCCGCAGCAAGAAGCCGCGGGCGCGCUCGUCGUCCUUCAGCGACGACGCCUCGGCCGCGCGCGGCCCCGAGGCCGAUCCCAAAGCGCCCAAGGUGAAAUUCGGGACCUUCGGGGGCAUCGGCUCCAAGAGCAAAGGUUGCUACGAGGUGACGGCGAGCGACGAGGAGCCGGGGCGGGCGCAGGUCGGGGUGGGGGCGACCCUGGGCCCCCCCAAAUCCCGCCUGUCCUCGUCCUCCUCCUCCUCCGAGGGCGGCCCGCGCGGCCCCGGCGUGGAGCUGACGGUGGCCAAGCGCAAGGAGUGAGGGGGUUGUACAUAGUCCCGGACGGGGGGGCCCCCGCGUGUACAGAGGGGGGGGUUGGGGGUCCCCCAAAUUCGGGGAGGGGCGAGAGGGGGGGUCCCUCUGUUCGUGUAGGACCCACCCGGAGUUUCCCUUCCCUUCCCUGCCAUCCCUUUUUUGAUAUUUUUAUUGGGUUUUUCCCCCCCCCACCCCCAUUUCCCCCCAAUAUUUUCAGUGUUUGGGGUCGUGGAAAUGA